AUGGUCUGUUGCAAAAAGAACCCAGCAAUGAACAAGACUCUGAACAGCGGCCAGACCCCGGCAGCAAACUGGAACAGCACCGGGGUGCACGUGCUGGGCACGGCCCACUGGGUGCUGGGCGCCCUGGUCAUGUUCACCUGCGUGGGCAGCAUCAUGGGCAACGGCCUGGUGGUCUGGCUGCUGGGCUACCAUGGGCAGAGGGGUCCCUACAAAGUCUGCAUCCUCCACCUGGCCGUGGCUGACCUCCUCGUCCUCCAGGUGGCUGGCCUGAGCCUGCUGACGGCCAUCAGCACGCAGCGCUGCAUCUCUGUCCUCCUCCCCGUCUGGUACAAGUGUCACCGGCCCCCGCGCCUGCCAGGCACGGUGUGCGUCCCGCUCUGGGCGCCGCCCCUCCUGCUGAGCACGCUGGCCUCGCUCUGCGGCAGCUUCUGGCGCCGGGACGAAUGGCAGUGCUUCACAGUGGACUUGAUCGUCAGCAUCCUCAUCACGGGGAUCUUCACGCCUGCGAUGGCCACGGCCAGCCUCACCCUCUGCACGCAGGUGCAGAGAAGCUCCCAGCGGCGCCGGCCCACACGGCUGUACGUGGCCAUCCUGGCCUCCGUCCUGGUGUUCGUCUGCGUCCUGCCCCUCGGCAUCUCCGGGUUCCUCCUCUACUGGCUGGACCUGCCCCAGCGGAUGAAGACUCUGUUCAGUCGCUUCGCCCGCCUCUCCCUGUCCGUGAGCAGUAGCGCCAACCCGGUCAUCUACCUCCUGCCUGCAGCCAGCCAGUCUACUGUGUUGCCACUGCUGACCCGGCUCCCGCUGGCCGCGGGUCAUGAGAUGGCCUUGUCCUCCAUGUGGCCCCUGGGCGGCACCUGA